GAAACAAACAUUUUGAUGUGGAAAUAAAACAAACCACACUGACGGAAAAGUAAACUUAGCAUGAAAAGAUGGUUAAUGUAUCGCACACGAAGAGUUUGUAAGUAGCAACCAUCCGAAUGGUAUAGUAAUCAGAACGUGUGCACAAAUUACAAAACGGGCUUCAAUUAGAAGUAAAACUUAGAAAUAGUUUGUCAGCAGGGAUUAAAUCAAUCAUUCACUUAUUGCAGAAGACAAGUUAUUUGUAAUAUUGAAUGACACAAGGGGCUUUUUGUUGACAUCGCUAGGCUAUAGUUGGAGUAUAAUAUAUACAACACUUCGUUGACUGACAGUAACUUGAAUGAUCACCUAUGUCAAUUUCACUGACAAUGUAGUUGUAGUCAUCGCUGGAUUCAAAUGCGUGGAAAGUAUGGGAGAGUACACAAGCUGAACAAUCUUGUGGAAUUUAAAAUGUGAUUCAAGUUUAUAGAUAUGGAUGUAAAAUUUUAUAAUUAUUUAUUGAAUAUAUUAUGAAGUGGAAGCAACGUAUAUUAUUUUGUGGAAUAACAACUUUGUUCGUGUGUAGUGUAGUUUUUCUUCUACAAGCACUACCCCAAGUAAAAGUUAGUUCUUUUAGAUUAACAAAUAGUGGACGAUAUAUGAAUUAUGGAGAAAAUACAGCACACAUGUCAGCAAUUCGAAAACGGCUGAACAAAAGUAACUACACCAGCGAUGAUUUUAGUCCCGAAAAGGGGGACCCUAAUUUACUUCGAGGAUUCCAAGGAGGACAAGUUGGUGGAAUACGGAAUAAUAUACAACCACUUCAAUUCUAUCCUUCAGCUAAUUUUGUAAAUUAUACAGAUAAAGAUGUUGACUAUCUUUUAAAAAAAUUACAGUCCAUAAAUAAAGAAAUCUACAAUUUUGAGAAACUAAGGAAAAUGUCGUACAAACAAUUGAUAGAAAACUACCACGAUAGUAUCAAAAAAGGAAAAUAUCUCUCAGCAUACCGGACAUAUGAGGGAGGUUAUAUGACAAAUUGGGAGAAGUUCCAUAAAGGAAUUCACCAGACAGCUUUAUACGACCCAAAAGAUCAAAGCAUUGAUGGUUUGUUAAUGGAUAUGACUAACGAACCAAUUAUAGAUGUAGAAAUGAAAGAAGGCGGUACACAACUGAAGCUGAUUAUAACUUUUAGUGACGAAGGACAAGCUUUAUUUAAACCAAUGAGACAUUCCAGAGACUACGAAACAUUGCCAGACCAUUUUUAUUUUACCGAUUAUGAGCGACAUAAUGCCGAAAUAGCCGCGUUUCAUUUAGACAAAGUUUUAGGAUUUUAUAGAGUCCCACCAACUGCUGGAAGAAAAGUGAACAUGACAUAUGAUAUUAAAAGACUAGCAGAUCACAAAUUAGCAAAAACAUUCUUCAAAUCUCCAGCCAACAACGUUUGCUUUCAUGGCGCCUGCUCCUACUACUGUGAUACAAGCCAUGCUAUUUGUGGAAAUCCAGACAUGUUAGAAGGUUCCUUCGCUACAUUCCUCCCUCCUGAAAAAAUUGCUGCCAGGAAAACAUGGCGGAAUCCAUGGAAACGGUCCUAUAGUAAACACAGAAAGGCUUACUGGGAAGCUUAUGAUGAUCUUUGUGAAAAGGUCAAACAACGUGCACCAUAUAAUAAAGGGCGACGGCUUCUUGAUCUCAUAGAUAUGCAUAUUUUUGAUUUUUUUCAAGGAAAUAUGGAUAGACAUCAUUAUGAAACAAUAAAAGAUUUUGGCAAUAAUACAUUCCAUUUGCAUUUAGACAAUGGUAGAGGGUUUGGUAAAAGCAUUCAUGAUGAAAUGUCCAUAUUAGCCCCAAUCUAUCAAUGCUGUCAAAUCCGUUAUUCAACAUUUCUGAAGUUAGCAAAGCUUUAUGUUGGACCAGAGAAACUUAGUUCUGAAACAAGGCAGUCUCUCUCCAAAGAUUCCAUAAGUCCCAUAUUAACAGAACCUCAUUUAUAUGCCCUAGACAGGCGCGUUAUCAAAGUGCUAAAAGAAAUAUAUACAUGCAUAGAAGAUGGUAAACCUAUUGAUGAAGUAAUCAUUGACCGAUGACAGUAAUUGUAGAUGAAAGCUGAUUAAGGCAUAGCAAUUUUUAAUAAGAACCUCUUGAUAUUAAUAAUCUGAGAAAUUGAAGAAGAUAUCAUAGGGCAAUAAUAUCCAUUGUGAAUGGGCAUUGAUAAAGGGAUAGGGAUUGUGAUAUGAAAGUUUAGAAAGUUUAGAUAUAUGAUAAUCUGAAUAAUUGAAUAAUUGAUUAUUGACUGGAAAUGUUUUGUAGUAGAGUAAUAGGGAUUUAAAGCUACAUUAUAUCUGACAUUUUUGUAUUUGUUCAACCACUGAUAUUAUAAAUGACAAAUGUAACUGUUUGUUGUUUAAUUUUUGAAACCUCAAUACCGUUGAUAUAAUAAUGUUAAAGGUUACACUGCCGUACACCGGCUGAUAAUUCAAUUUUAAUAAGCAGAUUGCUUACGUUUCUUAAUAUUUUGACAGCAUCUUUUAUCAUCCAAGUUGUAAUUCGUUUUUGUAAACUCAAUUCUAGCUAAAUUUAUUUUGACUAAUAAAAAGAUAUUGAUCAAGAAUCAAGUAAACAAGAUAUUUGUCAACAUUUGACUAAACAUAAAAACAAUGGUUAAAAGUAUAUUUUACAAAGUUUAAGUAAAAACAAGAUUUGUGUGAGCAAAACAUAUGUAUAAAAUUCAUUGCAUUAGCAUAGAAAAAUGUGUGGAAAACCAGUUUAAAAUUGAAACAGCUAAAAUUAUUUUGAUUUACAUCAGUUUCGUUGAGUGUGCAAGGUAUUAUGAAAGCCCUGAUUUUCAGAAUUAACAUAUCUACAAAUUCAUUACAUAUGAGACAAGUUUCAUCUUAAACAUUGUGUUUUUUAGUUUUGUAUUGUGAGAUGUACAAAUGAUGUAUGACAUGUUAUAUGUAUACCUGUUCAUGGUUGUUGUAUCAUCUGUCAAUUCUAUUAAUAUUUGGCUCUCCAAUCAUCAACUUACUAGUUAUGUGAGCCUUAAAGGGGCAUUAGCUACGAAUUAGACAAAAUCUAGAAUAUAUUUGAUUUUUCAAGCAUUUAUAAAAGUUUAAUUUUGAAAUAAUUUUUCGCUAUUAGCUGUCAGUUUGGUUCGAUUUUGUAAAAAUAGGCUAAAACAUCGCUGAUGUAUUAUUGGCUUGCAAGUCGAUAAUUUAACCUCAUUUGAACCGGUAUUUAGUCGACCUUUAAUUGGACCCUUUUCUGGAUAUGGGCUUUGCACGUUCUUAGCAUGUUCAGUUAUCAAAAAGAAAAGAAUGUCAACAUUGAAAAGUGAAACAAUGAAUUCACUGGCAAUAAUCAUUUCUUUGUCUGAUUCGACACACAAAAAAACAUACUUAUACAGGUUCAAACAAUGGUCUUUGAUAUUAAAUCAAACUGUAUGUGCUUAUCUGUGUAUUUGUAUUCAUAUCUAUAUUUAUAUUAGGUCAUAGACUAUCGGCAUCUGUGGUAGUCAUCUCGAUGGUUAAUUAGAUGGCGUUUAGACUUAAAUACACACGAAAUGCUGAUAAAUUAUAACGAUUCUAUGCAUUGUUAAUUGUUUCUUUUUAUAAAAAAUAAGGUGAUGAGUUUUGUCUUUUUGUAACUUUGAUAUACGUUUUAGUAAGUUAUAAUAAAUCAAAUAUGAGAAUGUGAGUAAAAUCGGUGAACCCGAAUUUGACAGCUAAAGUCCUUUUAAAAGAAUGCGUUACAUAAGUUUUAAAUGGGUAUUUAAUCCCUAUAAAACUCCGACCGUGCAAGACCCUCAUGGGUAGUUAAGGUCGCUAAAAAAAGCUCGUCACCUAUAAAACUAAUUAUCCAAUUUUCUUUGUAAAAGAAUAUUUUACUAAAUAUACGAUAUUUGGAAGUCAGUCUUAAAAACAGUGCCUAAAAAGUUUUGUAAUAACUUACGUUCACGCCGCUGUUUAUUUUUAAUGUGAGAACUCUUUGAUCUUAUUUCAAAGUUUGUGUAUUUGGUUUACUCUUGCGCAUGUCUUUUUGAUUGGCUACGUGUCUAGUCCGUCAUUUAUUUGCUAUUUCUGUCUUUUUUUGACAAAAAUUUUGACAGUUUAAGUUUCUUCUAAUUUUGUCUUCUCUAUCACGUUGAUGAGAAAACGAUGCCUUUGUAGAAUACUUUAAUUAAUGUUCUUGAAAAGUUGGCUUUUGGAAAGCUCCAAUACUUCAUGUUAUUUGGUGUUUUUUCAGUAAUUUCAGGUCUUUAUUAUUGAUCUGGACCGCAAUACCUCAUUCAUGUACCCUAAUGUUUUUGAAAUUUAGAUUAAUGGAUGCCGUUAUCAUUCAGGGUUUCACGAAAAGAUACAAUAUAAUGAGACUUUCACUUCAUUUUACUGCAUUCAUUUUAUUUCUGGCAUUUUGGGGGCUAGCUGUGGCUCACUGGUAGACUUUGUCAUUCCCGUUAGUACGUGACUUAUUUCUUAAGAAGAAGGUCAAACAUUUAAAGGGUUAUGACCAGUCAUACUUGGAACGCGUUUAUUCUUUUCAUUUGUCUUUGAUUCUUGUUUCAUAAUGCAAUCGGAUAUUUCAUUAUACUAAUAUACCUGUGGGAUAUUCGUAUCGUCUCUUCGUAUCAUGCUUCCAUUGUGAGCUAACGGUAACAUUCAAAUUUUGUAUUACAACACUGUUAACUUCGUUGUACUCCAUACUGUCCCCUCCCAAGACAACAGGAAUUAUAAAACCUUUUAACGACAUCUGAUUGCAUGAUAAAACAAUAUCUGUGUAAUGUUUAAAAAUAUGAAAUUCAUUAAUUUUCGACUUGAAAUCAGAAGAAAUCUAGGUGAGCCUCGUUUUAGUUCCUAUUUUUAAAGCUGGUACACAUAUAUUUAUAUUUUCCAACAAUAUUCUUAUAUUGCAUUGUUAUGAAUUAAUGACAUUCAGUUUAUAACUGAAUUGAUGAAAGUGGUUACAACUACAACAACUUUUUAUAGAAAAAAGUUUUGGCAUUCAUUUUACUAAUUGAUGGUUAGGGUUUGUAUGUUUUGCUUCAUCUUUGAACUGUAUAUGAAAUUACAUAUUCAAGGCAUCAUACAAGUGCUCUUAGGUCAGAAUGCCACAUAUUGUUUUCUUUUUUUUUGCAAAAUUGUAGCGAUUGAUAUACUAGUAUCACAUUUAAUUUUUUUUACGUUUCUGAGUUGCUUGUUACAUAACUUUCAGGCAUGUUAUAUAUCUAAGAACGCUAACAUUACAACCAUUAAUCAAAGUGUUAACAGGUUUUUUUUUGGUUAUAUUUUAAGUUUUUCCAUUGAAUCUUUAGCUUUUUUUCUUGACCUGUAUUGUAUACACUUGUGGAAUUGUCUCCCGUUGUCCACAAUUUGUCAUGUCGCUAAGUCGUUUUAUCGGAAUGUAGUUAUAUGGUAUUUACUUAUCUGAUAUAUUUUCUUCUAUGAAAAUAGUCGUUUACGGUUUAGGAAUAAAAAAAAAAAAACAAUGAGAUCUAAGCAUUUCAAUUCAAUGUCUCACUUCUAGAAGGGAACUGCUACUACCAACGUGUUAGCUUUCUAUUUUAAAAUAAAUGGUCUUUUUUAUGCUUUAUGACUGCAUUUAGCCUACGGAAAUUAAGUAUCAUACAAUAAAUGUCCGUGCAAAUAGUACUACGUCAAAGGAUGUUAACAUUUUCUGAAGCAGGCAGGUCAAAUUGAUUAAGCAAUACAUUUUCAAUUCAAAACUAAAUAUGUUAGAACAGACUGAAAAGCAGAAAAUUACAUCUUUGAAACAAUAAACGAUUAUUAAACUGAAUUCGUAAUCCCCAUGCAGACAUACUGUACAGCUGCCGAAAAUUGUUCCUUUAUAUCCAUUUAUAUAACUUUUCAAUCACAGACUGUGUUAAAUUUAUUAAUGUAAUACAGAAAUGGUGCUAAAUAAAUAAAACGUGAUUUAAAAUUCGUAACUUUGCUGGAAAAUAUUUUUGUAGGAAAAUCUUCACAAAUGCUCGCUGUUUUUCAACCUAUAAAUGUUUUAUUUAAUCCACUAAGUGAAUUAGAACAUUUUAGAAGUAACGUAGGCAAGAGUAUUUGUCUAUCAGUAUACAUGCUACUUUAUGUAUAACAGUUUGUAUCGAUACCUAUUAAAUAUAUAUGAUAUUAAAUAAAUAAUUCCAGUGAAAGAGCGAGUUAAAGUUUCUAAAAGAAUAUUUAUUUUUCUUGUGUGGUAAUAAGCAGUAUUUCUUUAUGUUCAGAUGGUACAAGGAGUACAAACAAAUAAAAGAUAAGACAAAAAUAA